AUGCAUGCCUCACUCUUUCUCACGGCCUUUGCGCUCAUCCCAAUGGCCAUGACCGCGCCUUCGCGCCUCCCACAAAUCCAUCCUCGUCAGAAUUGCGACGAUACCGCCAACACUACCGCGCCCACAGAGCCCGCGCAACCUGGAGCACCAUCUUGCGACCUCAGCGGCAUUCAGCAGCCCGCCUCUGCACUCCCACCACCAACAGCCGACAUGUCUCUCGUUCUUGUCGCACUCGGCAUGGGCACACAAAACUACACAUGCAGCAACGCGACAGCCACACCAGCCGCAAUCGGCGCUCUAGCCCAACUCUUCAACGCCUCAUGCGAAAUCUCAUCCAACCCUACCGCUGGCACUGCAUCUCUAGGCCGCGUCCAAGAAUCCGCAUCUAUCGGCACACACUUCUUCCUCGACACUACUACUCCCGACUUCGACAUCCUUGGUCUUGGCAACACGGUGGCUAAGAAAGUCGACGAUACGCCUGCGCCCGAUGCGACUAAGGAUGUAAAGUGGCUUAGGCUCGAAGCGCAAACAGCCUCGACUAGUGGUGUCAAGAUGGUGUACCGUCUCAACACUGUGGGCGGAAUGGCACCGGCGACUUGCGAUGGUAUGACACCUGGGCAGGUGGUUACCGUGGAUUAUGAAGCGCAGUACUGGGUUUAUGCUUAG